GCCUUUGUCAUCCUUCAUCAGUUUACAUGUGCACGUGUUUUCAUAAUGUUUACGGCGACAGUGAAGUAAUAAAUAAAGUAUAUAAAAUAUAAAUAAAUAGAAAAUUUCAAUUAAAAUUAUGGCUUCAUACAAAAUACACAAUGUCCGUUUUUACAAUCUCGAACCCCGAUCGAUUUUUUGCCUCUGCUACGACAAAUACAGCAAAAAAUUAGCUCUUUCAAGAAACGAUAAUUCAAUAGAACUAUGGAAUGUAGCAAAUGCUCCGUUUCUUGAAUCAACAAUCGUGGAUCAUGAUGAAGAAUCCAUUGAAUCAAUGUUAUGGAUCAAUUCCAGCCGAUUAAUAUCGACCGGUCUCCGUGGUAUGAUUACCGAAUACAAUGUAUCAGCCCUCUGUAAAAAAUACGAAGUAGCUGUAACUGGAGGUGCUGCUUGGUGCAUCGACAUAAAUCCCAGCAAAACUCGUGUUGCCGUUGGUACCGAAGACGGUUACAUAAAUACCUUUACAAUUGCUGAAGAUUCACUGAUGUACGAGAGAAUUUUCGACAAACAAAAAGGCCGGAUACUCUGUAUCAAAUGGGACAACACCGGAGACAUAAUAUUCUCUGGAUCAGCAGACACUGUAAGAGUCUGGAACUCUAUUUCAGGUCAUGCGAUUCACAAAAUGACAACAGCACGUAAGCAUAUAAAAAAAGAAACAAUCGUAUGGUGUCUGGGUGUGACCAGUGACAAUUAUGUCGUAUCAGGAGAUUCUCGCGGUGUAUUAUCGAUUUGGGAUCCUAAUAUGGGCACACUUGUCGAGUCACAUGACAGUCAUACCGCAGAUAUACUGGCACUGACGAUAUCGCAAGAUUCUAAUGUUAUUUACUGUGCUGGUGUUGAUCCCGUGGUCCGGAGUUUUUCAAAAGUAACAAAAACAGCUGGUGGAAAAGGUACCGCUAGUUGGGUCAAAGGUAUUGAGAGACGUCUUCACAUGCACGAUGUCCGUGCACUUGUUGAAGCUGAUGGGAAAUUAUAUUCAGCUGGUGUUGAUGGUUACCUGGCACAAUCAAGUUAUCCUCCUAAAAUGCUCGCUAAAUAUCCGCCACUUUUGCAGCCAACUUGCGUAACAGUAUGUCCUAGAAGACGACGUAUAUUAUUACGUUACGUGGAUUAUUUAGAAUUAUGGGAGCUGGGUAAUGCGGCUGAAGACGCAUCAGUUACUGCUGGGAUGUUUCACUCAUUGCGAAGUGAGCCGAGAAAACUUUUAGAGCUUCGCACAAAAGGUCAAGAAACAAUUACAUCCUGUGCUGUUUCUAAAGACUCGGAAUUAAUUGUCUAUUCGACGGAAACCCACAUGAGGGUUUUCAAUUUUAGCAUUGAUGAUGAUGAUGAUGCACAUUUACAGAAAUCAACAGCAUCAAAAUUAUUAAAACGAGUUCAUAAAAUGUUAUUUAGUCCUAAUAGUAAAUUAUUUAUUGCAAACGUCUACGAUACUGACGGUGAUGAGGACAAUGACAAUGGAAAUAAAAUAUAUGUUUAUAAAAAAGUUGAUAAUCAGCUGAUGUUAGAGGGUUCAUUUAGUACAAGUGAACAAAAAAUAGAAAACAUUGGAUUGAUAUGUUUUUCUCCAGAUAGCAAGUACCUGAUAUGCUCGGAUCGAUGCGGUGGCAUAGUUGUGUAUAUUGUCGCUGAGUUGGCUUCAGGAUCACCCAGCUGGUGGCCGCUUCCAAGAUACACCUGUCCUCCGACCGCUAUGGCUGUACAGAAGAGCACGUCCAAUCUCGUUGUCGUGUACUCUGAUCAUAAGAUAAUCGAGUAUAAUUUACCGAGGAGGCAGUACACUGAAUUUUCAAACAACUUGCAGAGUAAAAUACCAACUCACUGGCUAGCGAGACCUUUUCCCAUAACAAAUAUCACCUUUGAUCCUAACAAUGAUAGCGUUAUAAUUCUUCAUGACGAUACUACUGUCUAUGCGUUACACAAAAACAAAGAUUUAUCGCUGAUGGAGAAAGGCAGUAAAAUCAGAAAACACGGUACUGGUGAAGACGACAGUAGAUCCAGCUCGGGAUCAAGCUCUCAGACGCAAUCUGUUUUUCAAUCGAUUAAAAAAUAUAAGCAUCUGGUGCAUUUUGAAUGGUUUAAUAACGAAGAAAUGGUUGCUGUUGAAGUAAAUCCCAUUUCACUGACAGAAAAAUUACCACCGACGUUAAAACAAAAAUGUUAUGGUGUCAUGUAAAUUUUAAUAAAUUUUAUUUAAUUUUACUAAUACUUGUAAUUAAAAUAAUUGUUAUUUAUCAUUCAACCGAGAAUAAUAAAUUUUUGGUGGGCCAAAUCCUCUGGUGAAGACGUAAUGAUUGUAUUUUUUGGUGAGAUAUGCAAACGCCCGAAAAUUUCAAGAUUAUGCUCGGGUUGCGAUGAUCUCCAGCCAACUGUAGCAGAACUUGUCCGGGGAAUAACCGGCGAUGGCUUCACUGCUUCUGGCGGUAUUAAGUUCCGCUCAAAUGAUUUAUUUGCGGCCAGUAAUUUCUCCUUAAGCUCACCGACUCUCGAUUCACCGAGGUAUUCCUCAACCAACUAUUAAUAACAAAAAAAAAAGAAAAAAAAUAUGAGCUCUUAAUUUUUUUCUUUCAUUAUUGAUUUUUAAAAAAUAUACCCUCUUGACAUUUUCACCAGACAGAUGAUCAAACCGUUUCCAAUUUUUUUCAGCUUUCUUUUCAAUCCAUAUCAACUCCUUACUAACGUCACAUCAUCAGCCAUAACAAAAACAACAAUUAUUAUUAAAUGAAAGUAAUCAAGUAAUUUAAAAAAAAAAUAUAAAUAUUUACAUCACUACCUCGUGUUAUCAGAACUCACAAGAUCCUGACAUCUGUCUGCUGUCGUGUUGUCAGCAGCAGCAGCAGCAGCAAAAGCAGCAUCAACGAAAAUGAUUUUAGCAGAUAAAUGUUGGGUAGCAGAGAGUAUGAUAAUUAAUGAUUUAUAUCUCUAGAAUUUGCUGCACUACACUCAUCUCGAUGUAAGUCCGCAAGAAUAAUUUAUUAAAGUGCUUCCGUUGAGCUCUGCAAUACAAUUUUACUAGUCUGACACAUUUAACUGCAUCAUCAAAAACAUAUAAAUGUCAAAAGAACCAUCUCAAUGAUAAAUAAUUAUUUACUCAGAAUAAUAUAUUCUCUGGGUGUGUUUUUUAUUGUUACAUAAAAGCUAAAUUUAUAAAAUUAUAAAUAAAAAUAAUGAAUAUAAUUUUGGAGCUGAGUCCUGAUUGAAUUUCCUCCGAGUGGUUAAUGCUGUUUUGGAGUAUUGGAUUUUGGAGCCGUGAUAGGAAAUCAAAUCAGUAUCGCAGUCACACGGCGCCAAGGUAAGACAGGAUAUAUGUAUAUAUUUAAUAUAUAAUAAUAAUAAUAAUAGUAAUAAUGAUGAUUAUAAGAAAGCAUAUCUAGAGAAUGAGAAAAAGGUAUAUAAGAAGAAAGAGUAGUAAGCGUUAAUUGUAUAAAAGCAUCAGAGACAGACGCUCUGGUACAUAUCUCUCUACUUGGAGGAAAACAAAAUUAGCACGAUAGAUACGACGCCGUGUUGGCGCGGUUGAUACGAAGUAAAGGGCUGAAGAAGAAGAACGAAGAAGCAUCAUCAGAAUAUUGCCAUCGGCACAGCACUUAGCUCGCCUUGGCUCCCAUCCGCGAGAACAUUAAAUCCCGAGAAGAACCGAGCAGUCGCGAAUUCAUCCGAUAAUCACCGAGAAUAAGCGGAAAAUGUUGGUGUGGCGUUGAGCGUCGCGACGGCGCUGAAUCCUGUGCUCUUAAGCUCAACACACCAGUGCCAUUCGACUACAUACGACAGCAAACUUGCUGCAUAUCAUCCCGGUUAUCAUUUUUUUACUCGCGGCUUACAUAUAUGUAUAGUUUUAUUUAUUUUUUUAGUUGGUUUUAAAACCUAAGACCGGGCAUUAUUUAUUUCUCGCUCCAACCAGAGACCGCGAGACCCGCAACCAGAGAGAGAAAGAGUUACUGGGCAUCUGUUUGUUACUGGUUUUGUUACACUAUACCUGUUUAAUACUGGUCAUGUAUAUAUAUAAAUAUAUUAUGUACGCUGUAUAGUCUUCACGAAACACACAUGGUGUGGUGGCGGUGGAGGAGGAGGAGGACGGUGUAUUGCGGUGGGUUUAAACAGUGUGUGGAUAUCAUCAAGACGACACAACGUCACACCACGCGGCUCGGUUAGCCGUGUGCAUACAUGUACACAUCCACAUGUCCACACAUUAUGUUACACACAUGUGAAACACAUCCAUAACACAAUAUACACACAUGCACACACGCAUGCGCGUACAAAAAAACCUCAACUUCCCCUUUACUUUAUACUUAUUCGAAAUGAUACAUCCGUAAGACUCGAAUUGCAUCUUGGAUCACGACAUCAUACAUACAACAAGAGUUAUAAAGUAAUAAAUAAAAAAACAACCGGGAGGAGAGUGAACGACCGGGCGGGGAGGAAACAAAAAGAGCGAGAUUGAGAAGAGAGUGAGUGAGUGAGAGGUGGACACGGCAAUACUCUGCGACGAUAAACCACAUAAGCAAGUUUUCCGGAUUAAAUAUUGUGCCGAUGAGCUACAACUGUUCAAGUCAACGGUGGACAAAGAAGAAAAUUAUCUUUUUUAUCUUGCUCACAAGAUUGCCACCGCCACCGCUGCCACUGCUAGAGCUCGGGGAAUCGACGACCAGUGAAGAAGGAAGUAGUAGUAUACAAUCUGAAUAUAACGAAGAAGAGACUGGGAAAGAUAAUUAAAAAGGAAUGAUGCCAAAAAGAAAUAUCUUGAAUGUUUUGACUAGUAAAACUACUAUUACUACUACAAUUGUAAAUUAAAAGGCACAACUAUGACGACAACUCGGUCAGAGUUGAAACCGCUUGUCACUUGGUCCUUCUGCCAAGUGCCAUGAUGACAGCCACUAAAGUCUAUCAUGAUAAUUCACAUUUACGUCUAUCGCAGGUCCUAACUAUCGGGAAAAAUUCACCGUCAACUACUUGCACUUCUGCAACCACGAUAACGCGGCAUUGUAAUAAAGAAAUGCCGGAAUUGACGAUUAUUAAUAACAAUAGUAAUAAUAAUAAUAAAAUAAUA